AGUGGCGCAGUGUCUCCCAAGUUGUGCUGCAAGUUUUCCAUUUCCCCACCAUGCGGUGGGUCCUGGGAGUUGCCCUUGUUAUCUUCGGGCUGACGUUGGGCACGGGCGGGAUGCAACUGAUCCGGAUGUCCGAACUCAAGAAGAAGGGAGAGAAGUUCGUGGAGAGCCGCACCUUCUUUGUCUUGGGCAUGGUCAUGAACACAUUCUUUGGCCCUCUGCUUGAUGUUGCUGGCUACGCAUAUGCGUCUGCGGCUGUCAUCGCGCCCUUAUCGGGUUUCAACGUAGUGAUCAACGCGGUCAUCGCUCCAGUCACCUUAGGUGAGAAGCUGACCAGCCGCAGAUUGAUCGCUUCGGCGAUGGUCGCCAUUACCGCCCCAUUAUCCAUCUUUUUCAAGAAUCACCGGGAAGAUAAAGAAGCCUGGACUUUGGAACGUGCUGAAGAUGUUCUUCUGCGAUGGAGGGUCCUGUUUUACGGCUUGAUAUUCGCAAUGUGGUUUUGCUUUAACCUGCGGCUUCGCAAGCGCUCGGCGAAAGGUUCUGCGCUACGCGGAUUCUCGUUGGCUGCCACUGCAGGCUCCAUGGCCGGCAAUAUGUGGUGCACACGGGUGGCAGCGGUCUUUGCUGCCAAUUGUGCUUCCGCACACAUGUGCACCCCCUGGGGGCACUGGCUUCCAUGGGUUCUCUUGACUGGAUCCGUGUUUUUCGCAGUGUCGAACGUGCCAUACAUGACGAAAGGCAUGCAAAGAUACGAAACUCUCUAUGUGGUUACGGUCUUCCAGGCAUCCAAUAUCGUCUCAAACAGCCUCAGCGCACUCAUCAUCUUACAAGAGAUGGAAGGUGCGCCUUGGUGGAAACUACUGGGCUAUCUUGGAUGCAUCGUGAUCAUGAUGGGGGCCCUUUGGUUCCUAGUCUCAGGCGAAGAGGCAAUUUGUCCGAGCAAUGAACAGGAUGCUGAUCUGCGAAGUAUGCUUUCGAUGGAAGGAGGCGAACUUGAAGAAAAUGAAUCAGAUGACGAACCUGACAUAAUGUAUUUCUUCAACGCGAUUUCGCAGUCGUUUUCAAACCUUCAAACUGCAGAGUCACAGAAUUACAAAGGGUCGCACGGCGGAGAGGAGGAAGUGCGCGAGGAGUCCAACGAUGCCAAUUGCUGAAACUCUCAAGAUGUCUCCACUAAUAGAACUUUGGCAUAUCGGAGUCAAGGGGCAAAGUGCCCCCCUAUGCUUCAAGAUUUCUUGCAAUACUUGUUAUUCAAUGCAUAGUGUCGUCCUUUAGGGGAUCUCUGUUUCAUGUUUUACAAGAUCACUUCACAUGUGCUGAAAAGACUUCGC